AGUCGAGCCACAUGGAUCUAUGGUGGGGAGCAGACACCGAUCGUGCAUGCCACCGGCUACAACAGUUUAAAAGCAACCUCCGUGAUGAUCGCGUCAGCUGGCCUCUAAAUCGUCCCACCGCUUCUUCCUUUUCCUCGUCUUCUUCGGCAACGAGCCGCCCGCGCGCGUAUCGAGACAGUCCGCACGAGGCAGGCCGCACGAGAUAGUCGAGGCCCAGCAGUUUCUUCCACGCAGCCGUGGGAUGUCGAUCGUUACGGAUCGAUAAAUAGAGGAGAUGAGCCUCCCUCUCCGCCCGGACGCGGAAUCGAUCGAUGGAGGAAGUUGCAAGUGGAUGAAGAAUACAAAGUGGGUGAUACUCGCAGGCGCGGUGUCUUCCGAUCGAUCGAUGGAGUGAAUCGAUAAAAGGGUUUCCGCUCCGCGCGAGUGCGCCGUUUCUUCAAACCGCGCGAGUGAAUCGGAUCGUUAUGAGAGAGGCGAGGGAUCGACGCUGAUCGGCUGGUGAUGAUCUAACCGCCUCGAUCGGGGGAGAUCGAGUCGCAAUGAGCGUCAAGCGAAGAGUGUUCAGCGCCCUGGACGGGCUUGUUAAAUGUGAUCGUGCGAUCGUAUGCUCGGUGUUCCUAUGGCAUCUCGCGUUCCUGCUGUGCAUCGAGGCCGCCAAGCCGGGGAUAUGCGCUAUGAACGGCUGUAACUGCACCGUCAUGGCGCAUACCUGGAUUAACAUCAAAUGCGUCUUCUCCAAGGAACAGAGCGUGGAGUUGCUGGAAGGGACCAUUCCGUCGAAUGCAACGGAACUCGAGGUCUCUCACUGCCAAGAAUUGAGAAUACAAGCGGGCGCGUUCGGCGGGGGUGCGCCCCUGAAACGCGUGCAUGUUUCGGGGAUCAACAACGUGGUCGCCAAAACGCAGGCCUUUCAGAAUCUCAGCACACCCAACACGCAUCUCGAGGUGUCGGAGUGCGACAGCGUGUUCCUGGAGAGCCACGCCUUCCGGAACACGCGCGGCACGCUGAGCGUCUCGAUAUCGCGAUGCAAACACGUGGAGAUAAAACCGAACGCCUUCACGUGGCUGCUGUGGCUCAAGAUGAGGGAUGUACCAUCCUUGGAGCUCUCCAGCAACGCCUUCAAGUUGGAGGCGCCUCAACCCGGACGACACGGACCAGCGACCAAGAUUACGUUCCAAAAUGUGAGGAUUGCGGAGUUACCCACGGCGGUCUUUCCUUCGGCUAUCGCGGAAAUUCGCAUGGACGACAUCUCAAUGAGGGUUAUACGCAAGGAUGCCUUUUGUGCCAUGACUAUUUUCAACGUGAUUAUUAGCAACGCGACUAUCCAGGAGAUUCAAUCCGGCGCUUUCAGCGACAGGGCUCUUAUCCAAAACCUCGAAUUUGUCGAUGUGCAACUUAAGAAUGUCGACACGGCGGCCUUCAGAGCCGGCCACGAUAAUCUCACGAUCCAACAUUCCAGAUUUUCCGAGGUGAACACUGGUGCUAUCAAUACAUCGGCAGCGACUGUAACCUUCAACAACAACGAGUUCCAACACCUGAAACAAGGCUCGAUCGUGUUGCAUCAAUGGAACCACAUAGCGAUCGAUCGCAAUGUCUUCGUCGAUUUGGAGAGCGACGCGAUUAAAGCGGAGGUCGGUGCCACUUCGGCGCCCAAAUUCGAAUUUUCCUUCACGGACAAUCGUAUACGAAAAGCACGGCCGGGAUCCCUCAGGUUCGCGGCGAUCUCGCAGAGCGUGAACUCGGCGCGCGUCGGCAACAAUUACUUUAACGAAAAGUGCAGUUGCAAUCUCGAAAGCUGGGUACGCGGAGUGACAGGUCGCAACAGCUCGGUCGCGUGGAUGAUGGACUCCAGCUAUUGCAUGGUCGACAAUUUCCUGAAAAAAUGCCUGAAUCUGCCCGAGGGUUACAUGGCCAUGCGAAACUUCACGCAGCUUAUAUGCACGCAGCGGGAUCACGUCAAUUGCGAGAAGCCGUCGCCGAAGCUAGAGCCGAGUGUCAGUCCACCCAGCGUAGGUCCUCACAUCUAUCCAAGACAGAAGGGAUUCUUCGACAUGGAGAUGGAUGAGUCGGAGCAGGUGUCACACGAGAAGAGAAUCAUCGUCAUCGUAUGCGUCGUGGCGGUCUUCGUCGUCGUCGUGGUGAUCCUAGCCUCGGGGAUCCUCUAUAUGCGCCGUCGCGGCGUAUGUCCCAAACUGAUAUCCGGCUCAUUGAUGAAUCUAUCGAACUGGCUCUCGUCCAAUAACGGCAUGACCGCCGCGACGUCCGCUAGAUCGAUAUCGAGGCUGAGCGUCCACGAGUACGCCGGUCUCCAAGCGGAGACUAGGAUUCUCGAGAUGGACACGCAGACGGAAGGUACGGAGGACGACGACGAGGAAGGUGACGUUUACCCGUACACGGAGAACAAGGCGACGCAAACGUUACCGGAAGAACUGACGGAGGAAUACCUGAGGGAUCUCCAGGAACGGCUGAACGAUCCCGACAAUCAUAGCCAAGCGAGGGACAUGAUCGAGCACCUGUACGAUCUUAUCAAAGUCGAGGAGAGUUGCAACAACAACAAUGACCGGCAACCGACGGGUGAUCGGGAGGAGAAUGCGUAUGACGUGAUCCGACCGAGGAUCAGGAGACCCCGCGGUGCACCGAAACCGUCCGUCAACAUCGGCACCAGAGCACCGUCCUUGGAUAAACUGCUGCCGAGCGGGAUGCGUAUCAGACCGCCCAUCACUGAGUACGCGCAACCGCGCGAUCAGCUCGGUCCACCGGUCAAAAUCACCGAUCAGAACCAUCUGUAUGCCGAGUUGCCGGGCGACGAGACGGUGCCCAGUACAAGUCGACUGUCGCAACCGAUGCUGGAGAGCUUGAUCGGCAGGGGGCCGCAGCCGUUACCGCCGGACGUGGUGAACGAUCAUCUCGUCGGCAAUGAUCGUCCUCCGCGGAACCUCGGCUACGGUGCCGACGAUUGCGGGCCGCCGCAGAGCCCAAAGCUGGACACGAGGAAUCAAUCUGCCAAGCCGAUGAGCUUCCUCAAGGCUCUCGGCGAAAGUAUCAUGGGCGCGUCCGCCAGCAAAACGAACAACAAGAGGCCGAACUCGCUGCUGUGCGAAUACGCCGAACCGUCCGACACGACUCAUCUCUACUCGGAGCUGUCGGAACCCCAGCAAACGUCUGCAUCCACUAGUAAAAUGGCGAACAGGCCACUACCCACCAAGCCCGACCAGGAUUCCGUCGCCGCGAACGCGGCCAAGGCGUAGCGGCGUUCAUUAUCUGUGAUAUAAGUGUUACGUGUUGUCGAGAACGAAGAUUUAAAGUGUUCUCUUCUUUUUACCGGCUGUAUGAGGAAAGUGCUCGCGCACGUGUGCGUGCGUGUGUUUGCACGGUGCGAUUGCGCAAGAGAGUUUCCGGCGAGAACGGGUCGCUUGGAGUCUCUCAGCUCAGAGAGAUUGUGUGCCUGUAUUACAAUGGCGGAGGAAAUACGCGUCAGAAAUUAGUGCAAUUCAUGCGUACAAGGCUCGAGCUUGUCGGCCUCGGGAGCGAGAAGUGUCCUUAUUUUUAAACCGUGUAUGAAUAAAGCCUUGUUAGAACAAUCGCGUACAACGUUGCGCACCAUUCGGAUGAUGUUCCUGCGGAAGGAGAAGUUACAUCGCGUCUGGAUCGACCAAAGCAACGUUUACGCGAAACGUUAUCGCAGCGAAGUUGUGCCAAAAUUAGUGCAUCGCAUACGACUGUAUAUUCGCGCUCGUAACGCGAAUAAAUCGAUAAAACCUACCUACUGCUACACGUCCGAUUAGCGAAAAGUCGAGAGAGAAAUCAAAGGAUUUAUUUAUGUUUAUCUGUGACAAAUGGAUGUAACAUAGAUUUAUAUAUAUUUGCUUCGUCAGGUAUUAUUAAAUAAGUAUUUUACAACUGA